GAGACGGACAUAAUUUGACACUGGACCGGAAGUACCUCUGUUAACGUGUGCCGCUUAUUUGCACAACUUUUAGGAGAAAUGUUGAUGAUCUACUAAACGUAUUUAUUCAGUUUUUAGUUUAUUUUGCGGCAAAUAUGGCCACAAAACGUAAGGUUGAUGUAACGGUACCAGCCGAGGAGAGUGACCAGCUCCUCAUCAGGCCUUUGGGAGCUGGUCAGGAGGUGGGACGGUCAUGCAUCAUUCUGGAGUUCAAAGGCCGAAAAAUCAUGCUGGACUGUGGAAUCCAUCCUGGCCUCGAGGGCAUGGACGCCCUUCCCUACAUUGAUUUGAUCGAUCCAGCUGAGAUUGACUUGCUUCUCAUCAGCCAUUUCCACUUGGACCACUGUGGAGCCUUGCCUUGGUUUCUCCAGAAAACCAGCUUCAAAGGAAGGACCUUCAUGACCCAUGCCACCAAAGCCAUCUAUCGCUGGCUGUUGUCUGAUUAUGUAAAAGUCAGCAACAUCUCUGCAGAUGACAUGUUGUACACAGAGACGGACCUGGAGGAGAGCAUGGAUAAGAUCGAGACCAUUAACUUCCACGAGGUGAAGGAGGUGGCGGGGAUCAAGUUCUGGUGCUACCACGCCGGCCACGUCCUCGGGGCCGCCAUGUUUAUGAUCGAGAUAGCGGGCGUCAAGAUUUUGUACACAGGAGACUUCUCUCGCCAGGAGGACAGGCAUCUGAUGGCAGCAGAGAUCCCCAGCGUCAAACCAGACAUCCUCAUCACAGAGUCCACGUAUGGAACCCACAUUCAUGAGAAGAGGGAGGAGCGGGAGGCCCGCUUCUGCAACACCAUCCACGACAUCGUCAACCGGGAGGGCCGCUGCCUCAUCCCUGUGUUUGCUCUGGGCCGAGCCCAGGAGCUGCUGCUCAUCCUGGAUGAGUACUGGCAGAACCACCCGGAGCUCCAUGACAUUCCCAUCUACUACGCCUCCUCGCUGGCCAAGAAGUGCAUGGCCGUGUACCAGACCUACGUCAACGCCAUGAACGACAAGAUCCGCAAGGCCAUCAACGUCAACAACCCCUUCGUCUUCAAGCACAUCAGCAACCUCAAGAGCAUGGACCACUUUGACGACAUCGGCCCCAGCGUGGUGAUGGCCUCACCUGGUAUGAUGCAGAGCGGCCUGUCCCGGGAGCUGUUUGAGAGCUGGUGUACUGACAAGAGGAACGGGGUCAUUAUCGCUGGAUACUGCGUGGAGGGAACCCUUGCAAAGCACAUCAUGUCGGAGCCUGAGGAGAUCACCACCAUGUCAGGUCAGAAGCUGCAGCUGAAGAUGUCCGUGGACUACAUCUCCUUCUCCGCCCACACUGACUACCAGCAGACCAGCGAGUUCAUCAGGGCUCUGAAGCCUCCUCACGUGAUCCUGGUACAUGGUGAGCAGAACGAGAUGGCUCGUCUGAAGGCGGCGCUGAUCCGGGAGUACGAGGACAACGACGAGGUCCACAUCGAGGUGCACAACCCCCGCAACACGGAGGCCGUCACCCUCAACUUCAGGGGAGAGAAACUGGCCAAGGUGAUGGGCUCCCUGGCUGAUAAGAGGUGUGCUCAAGGCCAGAGGGUGUCUGGGAUCCUAGUGAAGAGGAACUUCAGCUACCACAUCCUCACCCCCUCUGACCUGUCCAACUACACAGAACUGGCUAUGAGCACGGUGAAGCAGACCCAGGCCAUCCCCUUCUCAGGCCCCAUCUCCCUGCUGGUCAGCCAGCUACGCAGCCUGGCCGGAGAUGUGGAGGAGAUGGAGGGAUCGGACAAGAUCACCAUCAAGAUCUUCAAGAACAUCACGCUGGUGCACGAGACUGGCAUGGUGGUGUUGGAGUGGAUUGCCAACCCUCUGAACGACAUGUAUGCUGAUGCUGUCACCACCGUGGUUCUGGAGGUCCAGUCCAACCCCAAGGCCCAGAAAAUGGUUGAGCCCAAGCAGGAGGGAGUGGACAUGGAGUUGUUCCUCCAGAGACUGGAGAUCAUGCUGCAAGACAUGUUUGGAGAGGACUGUGUGGACUUCAAGGACAACAAGAACCCCACCCUGACUGUGGACGGGAACACCGCCUACAUCAACCCAGAGACCAGAACGGUGGAGUAUGAGGAGGGCAGCACGGAUGACGAGACGCUGAGAGAGAUGGUGGAGCUGGCCGUCCAGCGCCUCUAUGACGCCCUCAACCCCGUCAUCUGAGGACUGCCACCCACGUCCAUCCUGGAUGACUCCCCACAGCGAGCUUUGAACCCUGGAGGAAGAUGGACCACUGCAUACCCCCUGCUGGGCCUUCAGUAGCACUUCCUGCCAUGUCAUCACAUCCUGUUAGCUCAUGGAUGCAAAUGAUCGCGGGGCUGUGCUGAGAUCGUGUACGUCAUGUCACUUCCCUCACUGGUGGAGGAGCACCAUGAAAUGUCAAGAACAUUUGUAGUUUAUGUUGAUGAACUAAUUACAAUUCUGAAUUGAAUGCCAUUGUGUGAAAAAAAAUCCCCUUAUUGUAGUUCUUGUGUACUUAUAUUUUUCUUAUUUCACAAAAAAGGAAUCUUUGUUUGUGAACUCGUUGGUUCCAAAGGAAUCUUCAUCUUUCGCUAUGAACAAGAUUUGUGCUGUAUCUUUACAAGUUAUUUUGAUAAUUGAUCAAUGUUUGUAUUUUUUUUUUAAAUAAAGCUUUCUGAG